AUGACGAUGACGAUGCUAGAGGGCAUUGUCGGUGUUCUUCUCCUUAUGCUUCUUCUGAUCCUCAUCCUCAUCUUCGUCGCCUGUAAACCAUGGCGUUUCUUCUUCUCUUCUCGUUCUCGCACUAUCAAGGUUGGUGAGCUUGAGAGACCCCUUGUUUCGGAUGAUGCGGAUCUGGUCCGGAACCAGGGUAAUGAAUUUCCAAGAGGUUAUGAUCUAGAGGGAGCAUGUUUCCAAAAUGAAGGGAAUUUUCGCUCGCCCCGAACACAAGGACUUAUUUAUAAACCGAGGCUUCCCACCACAGCUCCCAAUUCGACUCAAGGUGACUUGAUCCUAGAUGUGAUUUCUGAUGCUCCGGAAGAUAUUUUAGUUGGUCAGACACUCAAGCGUCCAUUGGUGACACAACAGUUACUAGAAGAUCAGAAGUUUGGUAGACAGAGUUUAGAACAUGAUAGACUUCAAGAGUUUGUGCCCAGUGAUAUUCUAUAUCAAAGAACCUGCCUCAACCUGGAGGUCAUUUCUGGUCCUUCCCAGGGACUUCGUUGCUCUGUACAGUCAACAAAUUCUGCUAGGCUUCCUCUGACCCUUGGAAGGGUUCCUCCAAGUGAUUUACUAUUGAAGGAUUCGGAGGUGUCAGGAAAGCAUGCAUUGAUAAACUGGAAUUCGAAUAAAAUGAAGUGGGAGCUGGUAGACAUGGGCAGCCUUAAUGGAACACUUCUAAACUCUCAGCCAAUCAGUAAUCCUGAUUCUGGAAGUAGACAUUGGGGCAAGCCAAUGGAGCUAGCAAGUGGAGACGUAAUAACUCUUGGAACGACCUCAAAAGUAUUUGUUCAUAUUUCAUCUGAAACUGAGAGUCAGAUCCCCUUUGGGCUUGGUGUGGCUUCAGAUCCCAUGGCUCUGCGUCGCGGAGGGAAGAAGCUUCCGAUGGAAGAUGUGUGCUACUAUCAAUGGCCUCUUCCUGGGAUUGAUCAGUUUGGACUGUUUGGUAUCUGUGAUGGACAUGGUGGAGCAGAGGCUGCCAGAUCUGCUAGCAAGCUUCUUCCUGAGAUGGUUGCUAACAUUUUAUCGGAUUCACCAAAAAGGGAGAGGGUUUUAUCACUAUGUGAUGCUUCAGAUGUUCUUAAGGAUGCUUUUUUUCAGACCGAAGCAGGCAUGAAUCACCACUACGAGGGUUGUACUGCUACUCUGCUUCUGGUUUGGACUGAUGGUGAAGACAAUUUCUUUGCACAAUGUGCAAACCUUGGGGAUUCUGCGUGUGUUAUGAACGUUGAUGGGAAACUGAUUAAGAUGACGGAGGACCAUAGAAUUUCUAGUUAUGGUGAAAGACUCCGAAUCCAGGAAACAGGACAGCCAUUGAAAGAGGGGGAAACACGUCUAUGUGGUUUGAACCUUGCUCGGAUGCUUGGAGACAAAUUUCUUAAACAGCAGGAUUCGCGCUUCAGUUCAGAACCAUAUAUUAGCCAAGUGGUACAAAUUGAUCAAGCGAGCAGGGCCUUUGCGCUAAUGGCCAGCGACGGCUUAUGGGACGUAAUUAGCGUGAAGAAGGCCAUUCAGCUAGUUCUUCAGACGAGAGAGAGAUACUCGAUGGAUGGGGAGAAUUUGGCGGAGAAGACUGCUAAUGUUUUGUUGAGUGAGGCUAGAACAGUGCGAACAAAGGAUAAUACCUCUAUAAUUUUCUUAGAUUUUGAUACUUCUAGAAUCUCAUGUAAAGCUGAAUCUUGA